ACUCCCUACAGGUUUCAGAGUUAGAGACGGAACAGCAACUGAAGUUUAUCUCUGUUUCCUCGCCAACAAAGAGGGACGCUUUUCUUCUGUUUUUGGACUUUUAUUCGACGCCAUCGCACGUGUUAAAAAGUUGAAAUGCAAGGCGUUGUCGUCCACGGUGUCUGCAUUAUGAAAGGACAUGGAGCAUGGAGGAGGACCGCCUGAGUCUCAGUGAUUAACUCAUACAUUCAGGACUUCAUCAAACCCCAUCGGCCUCAGAUUGGAUUAACUCAAUGUGAAGCAGCGUCUGGUGGAAAGCGAGCAUGGAUAUCUACCCCCGGCCCAGCGGAGAGAUCCAGAGGAGGAACCCUCAGCACGACUUCGAGCUCCUCCAGAGGGUGGGCAGCGGCACGUAUGGAGACGUCUACAAGGCGCGAAACAUUAAAACUAGCGAGCUUGCUGCUGUGAAGAUCAUAAAGUUGGAACCAGGGGACGACUUUUCCAUCAUUCAGCAGGAGAUCUUCAUGGUGAAGGAAUGCAUGCACCACAAUAUUGUGGCCUACUUCGGCAGCUACCUCUGUCGCGAGAAGCUGUGGAUAUGUAUGGAGUACUGCGGUGGAGGAUCUCUGCAGGACAUUUAUCACGUGACGGGACCUCUCUCGGAGAUUCAGAUCGCCUACGUCUGCAGAGAAACCAUACAGGGUUUGGGAUAUCUUCACACCAAGGGCAAAAUGCACCGUGACAUCAAGGGUGCCAACAUCCUUCUCACAGACAACGGAGAUGUGAAGUUAGCGGACUUUGGAGUCGCUGCCAAAAUAACAGCCACCAUCGCCAAGAGGAAGUCCUUCAUUGGAACGCCUUAUUGGAUGGCUCCUGAAGUGGCAGCGGUGGAGAAGAACGGCGGCUACAACCAGCUGUGUGACAUCUGGGCCGUCGGCAUCACAGCCAUCGAGCUGGCGGAGCUGCAGCCGCCCAUGUUCGACCUUCACCCCAUGAGGGCCUUGUUUUUGAUGUCAAAGAGCAGCUUCCAGCCUCCGAAGCUAAAAGACAAAGCCAAAUGGUCUAGCCACUUCCAAAACUUUAUCAAAGUGUCCCUGACAAAGAACCCAAAGAAAAGGCCCACUGCAGAGAAACUGCUAUCGCAUGUUUACGUGGCUCAGACCGGUUUGACCCGACGGCUCGCUGUGGAUCUCCUCGACAAGAUGAACAACCCCGACAACCACCAGCCCUACAGCGAGGUGGACGACGACGACGUGGAGCCCCUCUCUGCAGUCAGACACACGAUCCGCUCCACCAACAAACAGGCCCGAGCUGAGAGGACGCGCUCAGAGAUCGACUUCGACAAGCUCCAGUUUGAACCCCCGCUCCGGAAAGAAACCGAGGCUCAUUCUGAAAUGGAUGUGAGUAAAGAGAACGACUUCUCUUCCCCCUGGAGUCCCUAUGAUGGAGGAAUAACAAGCAGGGGACACAUCGCACACCUCCAAGAUGCCUUUGAAGAGGUGGAGCUGUCGACUCUGAAGCCCGGGGUUCCUCCUCCUCUGCCCCCGAAGCCGCGGUUGAACAGCUCGUCUGAGGAGCUGGGUCUGAACGACGAGCGCUCCCUGACGGUGCGGAGGUUCCCGAACUCUGAGAACGGACCGACUCCAGUGGCCCGUAUCCAGAGCACACCGGAGCACCUGGGCAACAAGCUGGAGCACUCCUCUCCUGACUUCCUGUCCGUCAGCGUCAGCAGCCCCGGCCUCCUGUCCCACGCCUCCGACCCUGAUAACGAUUCGGAUGACAGUGUGAAUGGAGAAGGUAACAUGCAGCCGCUCAACAGGCAGCGCCACACGGAUAAAAAGGAAUUCCCUAAACCAGCCAUCAACGGUCUUCCUCCCACUCCUAAAGUCCUGAUGGGAGCGUGUUUCUCUAAAGUGUUUGACGGCUGUCCUCUGAAGAUCAACUGUGCCACGUCAUGGAUUCAUCCGGACACCAAAGAUCAGUACCUCAUCUUUGGGACGGAGGAUGGCAUCUACACGCUGAAUCUUAACGAGCUGCAUGAAGCCACAAUGGAGCAGCUGUUCCCGAGGAAAUGCACAUGGCUGUACGUCAUCAACAACAACCUGAUGUCUCUAUCUGAAGGGAAAACCUUCCAGCUGUAUUCUCAUAACCUCAUCGGGCUGUUUGAGCAGCUGAAGAAGCCCGGCCUCGCCGCUCAGUUCCAGACGCACCGCUUCCCCGACAAAAUCCUGCCCAGGAGGUUCGCCCUGACGACCAAGAUCCCCGACACAAAGAGCUGCCAUAAGUGCUGCAUCGUGAGGAACCCGUACACCGGCCAUAAGUAUCUGUGUGGAGCUCUGCAGUCGGGCAUCGUUCUGCUGCAGUGGUACGAGCCCAUGCAGAGGUUCAUGCUCAUCAAGCACUUUGACUUCCCCCUGCCCAGCCCCCUGAAGGUGUUUGAGAUGCUGGUGGUCCCGGAGCAGGAGUAUCCUCUGGUGUGUGUGGCCAUCAGUCAGGGCACCGAUCGGGGACAGGUGGUCCGCUUCGAGACCAUCAACCUCAACUCCUGCUCCUCCUGGUUCACCGAGAUUGGAGCAACUUAUCAGCAGGUGGAUGCGAUCCAUGUGACGCAGCUGGAGAGAGACACAGUGUUGGUGUGUUUGGACCAAAAUUUGAAGAUAGUGAACCUCCAGGGCCGACUGAAGUCCAACAAGAAGCUGGCGUCUGAGCUCAGCUUCGACUUCUGCAUCGGGUCUGUCGUGUGCCUUCAGGACAGCGUUCUGGCCUUCUGGAAACACGGCAUGCAGGGGAAGAGCUUCAAGUCUAAUGAGGUGACCCAGGAGAUCUGUGAUCCGAGCCGAGUUUUCCGCCUCCUCGGGUCUGACAGGGUGGUUGUUCUGCAGAGCCGCCCCACAGACAACCACACAUCGCUGAGCAACCUGUACAUCUUAGCCGGACACGAGAACAGUUACUGAGAGCAAGAAGAACAGCUUUUAUUUUGGGAGAAAUCUGCAGACUUCCUGUGUGGUCUGUUAUCGGGAGCGUCUGUUAUCGGGAGCGUCUGUUACUGGGAGCGUCUGUUAUCAGGAGCGUCUGUUAUUGGGAGCGUCUGUUACUGAGCAGCGUCUUCUGCGUGGAUUCAUCAGCAGCCUUACAAACCAGCAAGAAACCAUAACCCAGCAACAGUAAAAGCUCAGAGGAAAUGUUACUCAGUGUUUUCUCUCCUUCAUACCGUGGACUGAAAGUAUCUACAGGUGUUAUUAUUGACAAAAAGUGCCAUUAAACUCACAGCAAUGUGUGAUUGUAUUAGCAAAACCAACAGGAGAUUUACCGUGUUAUCGUCUCAUAAUCAAAUGUUAGAUCUUACUCAAACUAAUAGCUCAGAUUUAACAGAAACCCACGAGCAUUGUGGGUAGUUUGAGCAAUAUUUAUUAACCUGAUGUAAUAGGGUUGUUUGAGCAUUAACUACCUAGUGUUCGGUCCUGAGAGGCUUCGGGUUAUUCUCUGCUUUGUAAUAUAUCCUGCAGCGUUUUUAGAAGUUAAAUAUACUGUACAUUCUCUUUUGUUUCCUCUUUUAUUGACCUUUUACUUCUCAUUAUUUGCACCAUGUAAGCACUUUUGUACAUUUUUUUAUUUAAAAUAAAAUGACAAAAUGAGGGACGAUGCUCGGUCUUUGUUAACAUCUCUGCAUUCCCUUUCGCAAAAUGUUUAAUGUAUGCUGUUUUUUGUAAUAAAAAAAAAGCUGUUAACAAGAUAA